UGUCUAGGAAUGUUGGGAGAGAGGGUGUGCGUGUUCUUGUAGUGAAAUCCAGAGAGAAGACCAGCCCACUCAUUCAACACACCUUUGGAAAGCACUGCCUAGCAAGCACCUCUGGGCAGCAGCAGCAGAGCCUCUGUCGCUUUCAGGCAUCUCGCCAUGUGGUUUUUCAGGAGAAGGCUUCCUAAAAUUCCCAGAGCCCUCAUUUGGCUCAUUGUUUUAACACACUUCUGCAUCUUCAUCGCUAAUUUCAGCUCCUUGUUUGGCUUGUCAAAAACAAGGAUUUUCAGGCAAUUGAGCAUUUUCGAACGUGCCCCAGAUAUGCUACAAGCGGAGACCCAAGAGCAACAGGGUUUAAACUAUUCUGAUAAUGGGAACUCAAGGAGCUUUUUAAAGGUGAUUUUGGGGAGAGACGUCACAAGGCUCGAACAAGAUAUGGUUAAGAAGACACCAAGAUGGGAAGGAAAGGAGGAGCAGAAGAAAAUGAUGAAACCAGUUGCCAGGCUGGAGGAAGCCAAGGAGAACAUGACUGUGAAACCACCCCCUGCAUUGGAGGGAAUCAAGAAGACAACAGUGAAAACACCCCUUAGGGUGCAGGGAAACAAUGAGAAAACAACAGUGAGACCAGCCCCAGGGGUGGAAGAAGCCAAGGAAAAGACAAUAGUGAAACCACUUCCCAGGGUGGAGGGAGCCAAGGAGAAGGCAACAGUGAAACCAUCCUCUGGGAUGAAGGGAGCUCAUGAAAACAACAUAUCCAAAGACCAAACAAAGCCAAAAGAGCCUCCUGCAUCAGUGAAAACUGUAAGACCUCUUCCUCAGGCUGCUGCAGUGACAGAAAAGAAGAAGCUGAGGGCUGCUGACUUCAAGUCUGAGCCGCAGUGGGAUUUCGAGGACAAGUACCUGCUGGACAACUCAUCUCCACCAUUGACCUGCUCUGAAUCAGUGAAGGCCAAAGCUGCCAAGUCUGACUGGCUGCGAGAUCUUUUCCUGCCCAACAUCAUGCUCUUCACAGACAAGAGAUACUUCAGUGACAGUGAGUGGGACCGCCUUGAGCAUUUUGCACCUCCGUAUGGCUUCAUGGAGCUGAAUUAUUCAUUGGUGGAGGAGGUCAUGUCCCUGCUGCCCCCAAAUUCCCACCAGCAGCUGCUCCUGGCCAACAGCAACAGCAGCAUGCCGACAUGCAUCAGCUGUGCUGUCGUGGGGAAUGGAGGAAUAUUGAAUAACUCUGGGAUGGGCCAGGAGAUUGACUCCCAUGCCUACGUCUUCCGGGUGAGUGGGGCUGUAACCAAAGGUUACGAAAAAGAUGUGGGAACAAAAACCUCCUUUUAUGGAUUCACAGCCUACUCCCUGGUGUCCUCUCUCCAGAUCUUGGGACACAGAGGGUUCAGCAACAUCCCACAGGGAAAACAUGUCAGAUACAUUCACUUCCUGGAGGGAGCUAGAGACUAUGAGUGGCUGAAGGCUCUUCUGUUGAACAAGAACAUCAGGAAAGGAUUCUUGAACCACUACGGGCAGAGGCCCCGGGAGAGAUUCGGUGAAGAUUUCAUGAUGGACAGAUACCUGGUGGUUCACCCUGAUUUCCUCAGAUACAUGAAAAACAGGUUUUUAAAAUCUAAAAGUUUGGAAAAGCCUUACUGGCGGCUGUACAGACCCACAACAGGGGCCUUCCUGCUGCUAACUGCCCUCCAUCUCUGUGACUGGGUGAGUGCCUAUGGCUACAUCACGGAGGGUCAUGAGAAGUACUCGGAUCACUACUAUGACAAGAACUGGAAACGUCUGAUUUUCUACACUAACCAUGACUUCAACCUGGAGAAGCAGGUGUGGAAAAAGCUUCACGACGAGAAUAUCAUUAAGCUUUACCAGAGAUCCUGAUUGUGUGAUGAGGGCCAUUGCCUGGGAAAUCUCAGCAACACCUCACUGGGAAUGGAAGAGGACGACCAAAGCCAAGGUUAGCUCUGGACUUCCAGGCACAUUUCUUUCCCACAAAGCUAUUUCCCUCCUUCAGCACCUCUGUUCUCUCACAACGUUUCUACAAAUGUGCAGAUGCUAUAGACCAGGAAAAGAACAGCAAGAAAAUGCAGCACAUCAACAAAGAAGUCCCAUCUGGCUGUGCUGCAAGGCUGUUGCUGAUGGUUGUAGGCACUGGUAUUGGGAGAGAAGAAUCCAGGAUGGAUCUGGGUAGCAUAUGGUCCAGUGUCCUGCAUCUUCAUCGGGCUUUUCUGUCUUUGCAAGGAAAUACUCCUCAGGCUGGGACUCCUUCUAUUCUGGGUGGAUCUUCUCCAUUAGUGGUGCCCGUCUUGGAGUUGGGUGUACUGUCUAAGCAAGCUCUCUUGGCAGCCAGUGGAUGGAGGUGGACACACAGAUCCUGUCUCAGGUUGACUUAAUUCCUGGAGGUGCUGCUCCCACUCUGCUCCCUGCAGAUAAAAAGGAUGGACCAGACACUUCCACGUGACUAAUUUGAGAGAGAAUGAGUCUCACUUCUGCUUCCCAUUGUGGCCUUGUCAUGCCACCUCCGAAGGAGCACCACCAUCAGCUCAAAGGCAGGUAAAUGCUCUCCAUGGUGCAGCAGGCAUGCCGUACUUGGUGCAUCUUGCUCUGACGCUCCCCUGGCUGCAGGACAUGUGAAUGUUGUGUUGUGGUCCUGGUGUGCCAAGUCCUUGCUUAGCUGGGCUUUGGCACGCUUGGCUCCCAGCUGUGCCAGAAAUGCUGUGUUUGUCCUCUUGCCAGGGGAGGUAGGAGCUCUCCAAGUCCAGGGAUGGAUGCUAUCUGUCCUUGCUGCUGCUGGAGUGCCUGUCCUCCAUCGUGCUGAGAGGAGCCCAGUUGCAGCCAGCAAGCCUGCAGUGUAUUGGCCUUCUGAAAGGGGUUUUACAAGCAAAAUAAAUGGCACUACUUCAUCCCAGCUGAUUUUUCAUUGCAGCCCUGUGGGUUGUGGUUAUUUAGUGUGCGUCCAAAGCCAUUGCUUAAAGGCUGAGAUAGCGGACGAUGAAGCCACGAAAGGGCAGGACUGAGUGUUAAUGAGAAUACCUCCACCUGCAGGGGAUCUGCAGCUUGCGUGGACAUACCUUAGCAUCCACCACUUGUUCACGUUGCUAUUGCAGGGUGGGGAUCGGAGCUGGCCAAACACCUUCCUGAGGAAGUAGGUAAACACUUGGCAAGUUUGUCCUUGUCCCAGCAACUGCUCUCCAAGUAUAUCAGAUGCUGGAGACAAAUGCAUGAAGGGCUGGAUGUUUCCCCCAUGACACCAUGCAGGCAAAAAGCCACUUCCAGUGUCCAAGCAGGUCCAGUGCAUCUCCCUGGGCUCAUCAGGCUCUGGAUUGGGGCCCAGCUGCACACUUACGGGUCCCAGUGGACCUGCUGUGGCUGCGAGCGGUUUUCCUUUUGUGCAGCAUUUGAGUUGGGGGCAGCAGCAUCUCCAGGGACCCCCUGGACUCCGAGGGAGGCAUUUCAGCAUGGAUUGUCAGCACGGUUUGUCAGGCCUGAUUUCCUUUGUCCCUUUUUUCCUUGUGCUGCGGAGAGGCCAAGCAGUUUCUCAUGUCUCACUAGGCUUUUUGGCAAAGGACAACCCCCCCGCAUUGGUAAUCUAAACGAAGAAUUCAGCUUGCCUGGGAGAGGGUGUAGCCUGCGUUUGGCUGCUCUGCCCAUACAAGCCCUGUAGUGUCUGUAGGAGCAGGGAGUUAGCCGAAAUGCACUGUGCCUCUGUUGGGAAUGAUGUAUGUAGCCUCAUGUGAACAACAGACCCCUGGAGAGCCAUGGGCUUUGAAGCAGAUCAGAAAUACUUCCUGAGCAGCAAACGGCCUCCCUGUGAAGAGGGAGCCUGAUGGAGGCUAGUCACCCUCCAGAACCGACUGAGGACAAACUCCUGCACCCAGGAGCUCUGGACCCCGCUGGGCUCUUGGUGGGCAGUGAGGCAGCUUUGUUCCUUGCCUGUGCGUCGGGCCAUACCAAAUUGCUGUGGGUUGCUUAGUGACCAGUUCUGCAUGGGUAUUCUUUCUGCCUGAAUAGGGCUUUUCUCUUCCCAAGAAGUUGGAAGAAGUUUCUCUUAGACCCUUCCCUUCCCCCUCCUCCUCUUUUGUUUCCCUCUCCUCUGGGAAGCGUGUUGGGGCUGAGUCCCACCA